AUGCCACCAGUCCGGCGCAACAGCACAAUCACCUACAUCCUCGCCGGCAUCCUCUGCAUCUUCUUCCUCUACUUCUUCUUCGGCGACAGCACCAGCAUUCCUUCCUUCCCGAACGCCCCCAAACAGCUCAUACACAGCAAACAAGCUGCCUCCAAUGCCCUCUCUCCACCUUCUCUCCCCUUCAUAAAACCUGCAAAAUUAGGACCAGAUGAGGUUCCCGCGCCACCGCCUGUGGUACAUUACCAGAUGAAUAAUGUCACGACCAGCAGCACUCCGAUCGAGAACCACGAGACUAUUCUGAUCUUGACGCCUCUGGCCAGAUUCUAUCAGGAGUACUGGGACAACCUCUGCAAACUGAGCUACCCGCAUGAUCUCAUAAGUCUGGGUUUCAUUAUUCCCAAAGGACGAGAAGGCAAUCUAGCGACCCAGCAGUUACAAGAGCGAAUACAAAAGACGCAACACCCGAGCAAUAAAGAUCGAUUCGCAAGCAUUACCAUUCUCCGCCAGGACACGGAGCCCAUAACAGCUCAGGCUGAAGCAGAUCGUCAUGCUCUGACAGUGCAGAAGGAGCGACGGGCGGCGAUGUCCCGCGCCCGCAACUCGUUACUCUUCACCACCUUGGGUCCGACGACCAGCUGGGUGCUAUGGCUAGACUCAGACAUCAUCGAGACACCGGCAUCCCUGAUCCAAGACCUUGCAAGUCACAACAAGCCGGUCAUCGUACCGAACUGCUUUCAGCGGUACUACAACAAGGAGGAAGAAGCGUGGAUGACACGGCCAUACGAUUUCAACAGCUGGCAGGAUUCAGCUACGGCGCAGGGGCUGGCUGAGCAGAUGGGACCGGACGAGAUUCUGCUGGAGGGAUAUGCGGAGAUGGCUACGUUUCGAAGUUUGAUGGCUUAUAUGGGUGAUCCCACAUCCGAUCCUAGAGCCGAAGUCGACCUGGACGGCGUUGGCGGGACGGCUUUGUUAGUGAAAGCGGAGGUUCAUCGUGACGGAGCGAUGUUCCCUCCUUUCCCAUUCUAUCACUUGAUUGAGACGGAAGGAUUUGCCAAGAUGGCGCAUCGGUUAGGGUGGAAGAGUUAUGGGUUACCUAAUUAUUUCGUGUACCAUUACAACGAAUAG